CGCCUCCAAAGCCGAAAUUCCUCCCUUCCCUGCGCGAACCCCGCGUUUUUAGGGCGGUUUACCCUUCCCUGGUCUGCCCUCUGGACCUCGGCUCCGCCCCUUGAGAGAGGCUCUGCCUCCAAGUUGCUCCCCAGACCCGGUUCCUUUCCUUCGCCCCCCGACCCCAGCUUCUGGGGCUGUGGCUCCGCCCCCUAUCAGCUUUCUGGGCUGUGGCUUUCGCCACAGAUCUGCUUCCUGGGUUACGGAUUUGUCCCACUCCCGCCUCUCUGGCUCCUCCUCUCCCCGCCUGGGGCCCGCCCCCCCGGGGGCGAAGGUCCCGCCCCCCCGGGACUGGCCACGUCUCUUAGGGUCUGCCUCCGCCCCUUUCAGCCCAGAUUUCUCUCACGCCCCGCCUCUAGGGCCGAGGCUCCGCCCUUCCAGGUUAGCCCCUCCUUCUGGGUUCUGGCCCCGCCCCCCACGCCCGGUCUCCUCCCCUGCUCCUCUCGGGGCGGUGCUUCCGCCCCCACGGCCAGGGCUUUCUAGAGGCUUUGCUGUCCCGGGCCAGGCUCGGUGGCGGCAGAGGCACCGGGGAGCGUCAUGCAAUGCCUAGGAAUCCGCAGCCGGACCCGCUCCAGAGAGCUCUACCUGCAGGAGCAGAGCCUCAAGGUGGCAGCGCUCAAUGGGCAGAGGCUGGGCCUACAGGAUGAUGAGGACCUACAGGUACUGCUGAAGGGCAGCCAGCUCCUGAAGGUGAAGUCCAACUCAUGGCGGAGGGAGCGUUUCUACAAGUUGCAGGAAGACUGCAAGACCAUCUGGCAGGAGUCCCGCAAGGUCAUGCGGACCCCAGAGUCCCAGCUGUUCUCCAUUGAGGACAUUCAGGAGGUGCGGAUGGGGCACCGCACGGAAGGCCUGGAGAAGUAUGCCCGUGACGUGCCCGAGGACCGCUGCUUCUCCAUUGUCUUCAAGGACCAGCGCAAUACACUAGACCUCAUCGCCCCAUCGCCAGCUGGCGCCCGGCACUGGGUGCAGGGUCUGCGCAAGAUCAUCCACCACUCGGGCUCCAUGGACCAGCGGCAGAAGGUGCAGCACUGGAUUCACUCUUGCUUGCGAAAAGCCGACAAAAACAAGGACAACAAGAUGAGCUUCAAGGAGCUGCAGAACUUCCUGAAGGAGCUCAACAUCCAGGUGGAUGACAGCUAUGCCCGGAAGAUCUUCAGGGAAUGUGACCGCUCCCAGACAGACUCGCUGGAGGAUGAGGAGAUUGAGGCCUUCUACAAGAUGCUGACCCAGCGGGAGGAGAUUGACCGCACCUUUGCGGAGGCCGCAGGCUCCAGGGAGACGCUGUCGGUGGACCAGUUAGUGACGUUCCUGCAGCACCAGCAGCGGGAGGAGGCGGCGGGGCCUGCGCUGGCCCUCUCUCUCAUUGAGCGCUAUGAACCCAGCGAGACGGCCAAGGCGCAGCGGCAGAUGACCAAGGACGGCUUCCUCAUGUACCUGCUGUCCGCCGACGGCAGCGCCUUCAGCCUGGCGCAUCGGCGGGUCUACCAGGACAUGGGCCAGCCGCUCAGCCACUACCUGAUGUCCUCCUCGCACAACACCUACCUGCUGGAAGACCAGCUCACCGGGCCCAGCAGCACGGAAGCCUAUAUCCGGGCGCUGUGCAAGGGGUGCCGCUGCCUGGAGCUCGACUGCUGGGACGGCCCCAACCUGGAGCCGAUCAUCUACCACGGCUACACGUUCACCUCCAAGAUCCUCCUCUGCGACGUGCUCAGGGCCAUCAGGGACUACGCCUUCAAGGCGUCCCCCUACCCCGUCAUCCUGUCCCUGGAGAACCAUUGCAGCCUGGAGCAGCAGCGUGUGAUGGCGCGACACCUGCGCACCAUCCUGGGCCCCAUGCUGUUGGACCGGCCGCUGGACGGGGCCACUGCCAGCCUGCCUUCCCCUGAGCAACUGAAGGGGAAGAUCUUGCUGAAGGGCAAGAAGCUUGGGGGGCUCCUGCCCCCUGGCGGGGAGGGUGGCCCUGAAGCCACUGUCGUGUCUGAUGAGGAUGAGGCUGCUGAGAUGGAGGACGAGGCAGUGAGGAGCCGAGUGCAGCACAAGCCCAGGGAGGACAAGCUCAGGCUAGUGAAGGAGCUCUCCGAUAUGGUCAUUUACUGCAAGAGUGUCCACUUUGGGGGCUUCUCCGGCCCCGGCACCCCAGGGCAGGCUUUCUAUGAGAUGGUGUCCUUCUCUGAGAACCGCGCCCUCCGACUGCUCCAAGAGUCAGGAAACAGCUUUGUUCGCCACAAUGUGACUCACCUGAGCAGGAUCUACCCUGCUGGGUGGAGAACGGACUCCUCCAACUACAGCCCCGUGGAGAUGUGGAACGGCGGCUGCCAGAUCGUGGCCCUCAAUUUCCAGACACCUGGCCCAGAGAUGGAUGUGUACCAGGGCCGCUUCCAGGACAACGGGGCCUGCGGGUACGUGCUGAAGCCUGCCUUCCUGCGAGACCCGAACUCGACCUUUAACUCGCGUGCUCUGGCUCAGGGGCCCUGGUGGACCCGGAAGCGGCUCAGUGUCAGGGUCAUCUCCGGGCAGCAGCUGCCAAAAGUCAACAAGAAUAAGAAUUCAAUCGUGGACCCCAAGGUGACGGUGGAGAUCCACGGCGUGGGCCGGGACACGGCGAGCCGCCAGACGGCUGUGGUCACCAAUAACGGUUUCAACCCGUGGUGGGACACAGAGUUUGAGUUCGAGGUGGUUGUGCCUGAGCUCGCCCUCGUGCGCUUCUUGGUGGAGGAUUAUGACGCCUCCUCUAAGAACGACUUCAUUGGCCAGAGCACCAUCCCCUUGGGCAGCCUCAAGCAGGGAUACCGCCACGUCCACCUCUUGUCAAAGAACGGAGACCAGCACCCUUCUGCCACCCUCUUUGUGAAGGUGUCUCUCCAGGACUAGGUUUGGGGAUUCUGGAGGCGGCUGCCCCAAGCCAGCCGGGCCCUCUGUCCACAGGCAGGGACAGGGCUGGUGUGGCUGCUCCCAGCCUCUCGCUUGCAGCUAGAGGCCCCGUACGGCCUUCAGCUCUAGCAUACUGUCAAAGCUGCUGCCUCUCUGGGCUUCCAGGAGCUGGCCCGGUCCCUGGAGCUCUCUUCGAUUCCGUUAGGAAAAACACUGCAGCCCUCCGCCCUCUGGCUAGCCCCAGACUGAGGGUUUUUAUAAAAAUUAUAAGACUGA